AUGGCAGCUCGUCAAGUCGUAAACGUUGCUAAGUCUGGUGUCCUACAGAAGUUGGCUAUCGCUGAAUCGGCCGUUGGUGGCAAGGUUGCUUGUGAAGGCUAUGGCGCUGCUUCGUACGGUGCAUCAGGUUACGGUCAAGCUGGAUACGGCAGUCAACCCGCAUAUGGUGGUCAAGCUGGUUAUGGCGGUCAGUACGGGUAUAGCGGUGCAUACGGUUAUGGCAGUCCGUAUGGUUAUGGCAGCAAAGCUUACAGUCCGCAAGGCUAUGGACAACAAGGUUAUUCUUAUCCUUCUGGCUAUGGAACCGCUGGUUAUGGGGGUGCGUCUUAUGGAUCUGGAUAUGGACAAGGUUAUGCUUAUCCUUCUGGCUAUGGAAGCGCUGGUUAUGGAUCUGGUUAUGGAGGUGCUUCUUAUGGAAGUGGCUAUGGAUCUGGCUAUGGAAGUUAUUAA